AUGAGCGGCGAUACGGCAGAUUUCAGACUGAGUGCGACGCUCAAAGGGCAUAAGAGUGAUGUACGGGCUGUCCUCCUUCCGGGUCCUGCUUUCGCAAUCACAGCUUCUCGAGAUGGCUCGACCAAAGUGUGGAAGCGAACUUCGACGAAACCUCCUGCUUAUGAUGACCACGAAUCAUCCCACGGCGCGCAGUUCAAAACAUGCCUAGCCUACAUACCUCCCUCAAAAGAAUUCCAAGAGGGUCUCAUCCUGUCGUCUGGUCAAGACACACUCAUUGAAGCAAGACAACCCUCCUCGACGGCAGAAGUCAGUGCGGAUGCGCUCAUGGUGGGCCAUAGUCACCAAGUGUGUUCAUUAGACGUCUGCGCCCAAGCAAACUACUUUGUAAGCGGUAGCUGGGACAGCACGGCAAAAGUAUGGGAGAUUGGCAAAUGGGAAGCCGCGGUCGAUCUACCGGGCCAUACUGCGACCGUAUGGACAGUAUUGGCAUACGACCGGGAAAUCAUCAUCACAGGUUGUGCAGAUCGCGCAAUACGGAUAUUCGACGUCCGAGGAAAGAUGCUGGUUUCCUGGGACGGAAAGGACAUCGUUCGAGCUCUGGCCAGGCUUCCGAGAGGCCACUACACUGGCGCCGACUUCGCGUCCGCCUCGAACGACGGUGUCAUCCGAUUAUGGACUUUAAAGGGCGACCUACUUGCGGAACUGUUUGGUCAUGAAGCCUUCAUUUAUUCGCUGGCCGUCCUACCCUCGGGCGAGCUUGUCAGUUCCGGAGAGGAUCGGUCAGUUCGAAUAUGGCAAGGCACAGAAUGUGUUCAGGUCAUCACACUACCUGCUAUCUCUGUCUGGUCUGUGUCCGUCUGCCCGAAUGGUGACAUUAUAGUCGGCUCGAGUGACAAACUAGCUCGGAUAUUCACCCGUGCUUCGUCUAGGAUAGCGGAUGCAGAAAGCCUGCAGGAGUUUGAAGCAUCAGUGCAGACUUCCAGCGUACCACAGCAGCAGAUGGGCGAGAUUAAUAUGACUGACUUGCCUGGGCCCGACUUCCUGCAACGAAAAGCAGGCACGAAAGAGGGUCAAAGUCAGAUUAUCAAAGAAGACGACGGAAGUGCUUCGCUCUACCAAUGGUCAAUGUCUCAGCAAACAUGGGUCAAGAUUGGCCAAGUGGUCGACUCCGCUGCCUCAAGCGGAAAGAAGGCGUACAACGGAAAAGAGUAUGACUACGUCUUUGAUAUAGACAUUGAAGAUGGCAAGCCGCCACUGAAACUACCCUACAACAUCACGCAGAAUCCCUACGAGGCGGCCACCAAAUUCCUGCAGGAUCAUGAACUACCCCUCAGUUAUUUGGAAGAAACAGCCAACUUUAUCAUCAAGAACACUCAGGGUGCUACUCUCGGACAGUCCCAGCCUGCUGGUGCUGAUCCCUGGGGUACUGAAUCAAGGUAUAGACCUGGGGAGGUUUCAAGCUACCAAGCCCCUCCGGCCCCCGUCAAAAAGAUCCUUCCACAGAAGGAUUAUUUACCUGUUGUUAUUGGGAAACCUGGAGCGGCAAUGGGCCAGAUUACAAAAAAGAAUGCUGAAUACGGUGGAAGUGACGUUGCGCUUUCUCAAGGAGAUGUACAGACGUUGACCACGGUCGCGCAGCAACUCGAAAAGUACAACUUUCAAGGCAAACCAUCCUUAUCCACCCCUGAAUUGCCGACAGCCGUAUCCUUGCUCAUGAAGGUUGGGACUGAGUGGCAGCCCCCUGCAAACCGACUGGCGGGUCUCGAUUUGCUCCGAUUCCUCGCAGCAGCCACCAGUGAAUUUCCUGCAGCUGAUGCCGAAGGCCUCGACGCUGUCGCAGCGAUCCUCGCAAGUGGCAUCUUCGAUCCUGAAUUCCUGCGCACAAACAACAAGCUGGCUAUGAUUGCGCUCCGAUUCUUUUCAAACUUGUUGUAUGGCUCUUCUUCAGGACGAGACUUGGUCAAAGAACAUCUCGACAGCAUCCUUGAGACUCUGAAACCACUGUCGGCCAUCAUUUCAACAGAUGUUUCAGUUGCUGUGGCUCUCACAACCCUGUAUCUGAACAUUGCUGUUCUCGUCACUAGCGACAAGAGCAUAGACGGCGACACCAAGGCCAACUACGGAUUGUCUCUGGUAGAAGAGCUGUCGAAGAUCCUCAGUGGAUUUCCCGCAGUCAACCAUACUGCGUCCGCCAGUCCAGCUGCUCAGUCUACGGAACCCGCGUAUCGCACGGCCGUUGCCUUGGGGACAGUGCUGGUCGGACUGAAACGAGAUGAUCUGACUUCAGCAGCCAAAGACAUCUUUGACAUUCCCAACGCCCUGUCACAACUGAGAAUCAAGAAAUACAUGGAUGAACCGAGAUUUAAGAAUGUGGCCGGAGAGAUCCAAGCAGUAUUGCAGCGAUAG